AGCAGAACCAACAAGUAAUGCUCAUGCUAAUGCUUCCCUUUUCAUCUUGAGAGCAACAAAAGAGGAGAGAAACAGUGUAAUAAUGGAUGGAGGGCUGCAGGAGAAGUUCAGAAAAAUAUGUGUCUUUUGUGGAAGCAACUCUGGCAACAGGACUGUACGUAUUCAGUGAUGCUGCUCUUGAUCUGGGCAAUGAACUGGGUUCAGGAGCGAAAUACAAGGGACUUGUUAGUUGUGCUCAAACCAUUGUCAGAGAAGAAGGCCCUGCUGCUCUUUUGAAGGGUAUUGGUCCAAGAGUGCUAUGGAUAGGUAUCGGUGGUUCAAUCUUCUUCGGCGUUUUGGAGAAAACAAAGCAACUCCUCUCAGACCAUCAUUGUGCCAAGAGCUUGAAACCUGAAUCCUCAUGCACAGGGGCAAUGCUUAAAUUUCUGGGCCUGUGCAUUCUUAAACAGCCCAUGUAA